GCAACAAUGUCUUCCAAGGGGGCUAAAGUUAUCCCCUUUCAAGGUAACCUAAGUUGUUGUUGUCAACUAGAAGCGAACUUUUCGGCAAAUUCCCCGAAAAUGGAAGCCAAAUCAGUGUACGUGUCCAGCAACUGCAACCAGACGCCCACGGGGGCCGACUGCAACGAAAACCACCUGCUGGCCUACGGGUCCUGCCACGCUGUGCUCAUCUACGACUUAAAUGCCGCCCGAGUGGUCCAGACGCUCAUCGGGCACACGAAGCGCGUGAACUCCGUGCGCUGGAUCCGAGGCAGCGAUGGGGAGCUGGUUUCGGGCGCGUCCGAUGGGAGCGUUGUGGUGUGGAAGCCCCAAGGGGGCGCCCAUGCCCGGUUCAUCCUGCCCGCUGGCGGCCCCACUGUUAACAUAGUGGACGGGUGGAGUUGCAACGGGCGCACCAUAAUCGCGGGCGCCGCCAUGGAGCCGGGGGUGGUGCGGAUCUGGACCAGAGACGCCCCAGGCGGCGAGUUCCGCCCCAGCGAGACCUGCCGCAUAGGGCGUAGCCUCUGCAUGGGGCUGCGCUUGGGGGGCUCCGCCACAAGCCCCCUGCUGGCGUGCGCCUUGGAGGACUCUAAAAUCCUGCUGCUCACGGAAACCGAUCGGCAGGUCUGGAUUAAGGGCUCGGUCCUCUCGGGGCACGAGGACUGGGUGCGAGGCCUGGAUUUUGCGCUGAACGGGCAAGGCGAGCUGCUGUUGGCCUCCAGCUCGCAAGACUCCACCGUGCGGAUCUGGAAGCUGCCCGAAGGGGGCGAAGCCCAGCUGGAGGCCGUGCUGGCGGGGCACGAGGGCUGGGUUUACUCGGUGCAUUGGGGCCCGCAGGCCGCCCAACUCCUCUCGGCCUCCAUCGACAACAGCCUGAUCAUUUGGGAGCCCGACGAGGCCUCAGGCUUGUGGCUGGAAAGCGCGCGGCUCGGCGAAGUGGGCGGCAACGUGCUGGGCUUCUACGGGGGCGCCUUCAGCGGCAACCGGGUGGUCGCCCACAGCUACCACGGGGCGUUCCACAUCUGGGCGCAGGACGCCGGCGGGCGCUGGGCGCCCGCUUCCAAAGUGGGCGGGCACUUCGACGCCAUCGCAGACCUGGCCUGGGACCCCCGGGGGGCGUUCGUCUACACCGCAGGGGCGGACCAGACGGUGCGCAUCCACGGCCCCUGGGAGGGCGGCUGGGCCGAGUUCGGCCGCCCUCAGGUGCACGGCUACGACAUGAACGCGGUGGCGGUGAUUGGGCGCUUCCAGUACGCGUCGGGCGCCGACGAGAAGAUCGUGCGGGUCUUCCAGGCCAGCGACGGGGCGCUGACGGGCCCCAAAGGGGCCGCCGUGCCCAGUCUCGGGCUCUCCAACAAGGCGCUGCCUGUGGACAGAGUGGCGGAUGCGCCCAGCGGGGAGGCUCCAGCGCCCCCCACUGAAGAAACGCUGAUCGAGAACACGUUGUGGCCGGAAACUCAGAAGCUUUACGGCCACGGGAACGAGAUAAUGGCGCUGGCGGCGGCGCCCGAUGGGCGCCUGCUGGCGUCCGCCUGCAAAGCCUCCAAGCCGCAACAGGCCGGAAUCUUCCUGUGGGACACCGAGAGCUGGCAGCAGAUCCAGGAGUUGACCGGCCACAGGCUGACGGUGGUCCAGAUGCAGUUCGACCCGCAGUCCAGGCGCCUGCUGGCCGUGUCCAGGGACAGAACGUGGUCGCUGCACCUCAAGGGGGCGGACGCCCGCUUCACUUUGGAGGCCUGCAGCGGGGGGCCCCACCCGGUGCAUUCCCGGAUCGUCUGGAGCUGCGCCUGGACGCACGACUCCCUUUGCUUCGCCACAGGGUCGAGGGACGGGAAGCUCGCCCUUUGGGCGGAGGAGGCUGGGAAGGAGCCGGUGGAGCCGGUGGGCCGCUGGGGGCCUGCCGGCGAGCCGCUGCACUUCCCCAACCAGUCGGUGACGGCGGUGGCUUUCGCCCCCCGGCUAGUGGACGGAGGCUACUUCUGCGCCAUUGGGCUGGAGGCUGGAACGAUCGACUUCUACGCUUUCAAGGGGCUGCGCUCUGAGCGGCUGCUGCACCUGCCUCAGGGGGCGGCCCACCACUUGAGCGUGCGCAGGCUGGCGUUCCGGCCCCAAGGCGGAGCCCCUGGGGAGCUGCAGCUCUGCAGCGGCGGCGCCGACUCGCUGCUCAGGAUCUAUCGACUGAUUUUUGCUAAUUCAAUAAUAAAGGACUGAUGAGUUU